AUGCCAGCCUUACCACGGCAAAUCCUGUCAGUGGUAUUCGAGUGGCGCUACCAAAUCAUGGGACUCGGCGCACCCUUGACAUCGAUCACAACCGGAAAAUGGGCUCAAUCUUCAGCCUAUCGUCCCCUUGAGCUAUUAGGGGUGUUAUCUGAUGGCCUUUACCAGAGGACCAAUCAGGACAGGAUUCACAGGGAAAGGGCUCAGUUUACCACGUGA